UGUGAUUUAAACAUAAAAAAUAUUCAUUUAUAUAAUUGCUACAAACAUAUGUGUGUAUGUGUUGUAUAGUACACACAUUUUAAUAUGGAGAGCAGUGUAUAAAAAUACUAAGAAUUAUUACCAGCAGGAAAAUAAUCAUAUAUAACAAAGUGAAAAAUACACAAACCUUUACUAAAAUGAUGUCGAAAUAGAGAAAUAUAAGAUUAAAUUCUCCUUACAAAUUUCCACAUUGUAGUUUUGUUUUCACAGAAGCCUUCCCAGACUGCCAUUGGGUUCAGACCCAGUCUUUCACGACCAAUACUCAAAAAUGUUUUCUUUUUUCUGACCUGACAGAAACACGAAACGUCGCCAAAAUUUAUGUAUAGCUUGUAAAUAUAUAGAUAAAAUGGGGAAAUUUAUGGACAUUAUCGAAUGCCUUUUAAGAGCUGUACAAUGGUUUCCUGUUCUCGUUAUAUUUUCUAUCGUUGUGUGGUCAUAUUAUGCUUAUGUAGUUGUCUUGUGUGUCGGUGAGUAGUCUGUAUCAAAUUAGAUAUUAGUUUUAAUAUUUAUUUUAGAAUUUGCAAUACAAGUAUCCACUCAUUGUUUGACGAGUUUCAAAGUAUUUAAAGACUUAUUAAUAAUAAUGCUGUUUUUAUUGGUUUAUAAUAAAAAGAGAGGCUUUAAACUAAUUAAAUCCAAAUGGUCUUUGGCUUUGAGAGAUAUAUUUGUGACAUUGUCAGAUUUCCUGGUUAACCCAUCAAGCUGCAUAGCUUCCCCAUUGACAAGUGAAAAAAAUGAGUAGGCCGCACUGGGGUACAUUGCGGCUCAAUGGGUUGAUAAAAAAAGAAACCCCUACCCUAAUUAUUGCCCUUGUCUAACCAAUAGUCCAAUGUCCAACUUCCAAUAUGUACUGUACUAGCCAAAAUAGAAAGGAAAUAUUUCAGGAUGCAUUCCAUGUUAAGGUUACAGAACACCCUUUUUGGCGUUUUGUGGAAAAUCGCUACUGCGUGCUCGAAAUCAGUCCGAUUUUCAUAAAAUUUUCACCAAAUGUUCGCCAGGUCAUACAAACAAUAAAAUAAUGUAAGAAUUAUUCAGGAAAAUCUUAAAUCGCGGUACCUUUACGCUUUUGAGUUGUGUUCCUUUUGUUUUUAAGAUAUAUUUAUGAAAAUAUAAUUUUUAUACAGUAAAAUAGUUGUUCAAAAAAAUUGUGUUUGGAAAUUUUUAUUUAUUUCAUCAUUCCGCUGAUAUGGUGAUUUCUUUGGCGACUGCAAAAUAUUUCUGAAUCGUUUGUGUGAAUUACUCCUUAGUUAUUACUAAAAUAUACAAAAUUAGAAAAAAGCCGAACAUAAUUUUAAAACUGACGUCUUUAGCUAUGUCCUGUGAAAAUUUGAGAAAAAUUCGUUAAAACCCGCAGGAGAACAACUUGUUUGAAAAUCAGUAAUUGCCGUAAAAUUCUUCCGGAGAAAAUUUUUUUAACUUUAUUUUCCCAUGUAUAAAAAUCUACUUAAUUAAAGGACAUUGGCAAUAAAAAAUUAGUAUGUCUCAUUCAAAAGAACUCUUAAAAUGAUAUAUUAAACUCUAUUACCGAUUUGUCAUAUCUUGCUUAGUUCUCGAAAUAUUUAGACCGAAAUUAAUGAGCUUUCCGCCAUCUUGGAAAAAUUCUUUACCUCAUUAACUAUGGUUUUGAUGAUGUCAGGAGUUGGGUUAACCAUAUGAAACUACUUGAAAAUGACCGAAUAACAAUCCAAAAUUGUUUGAAAUGUUUUUAAUCAUUUCUAAAUUUCUGACAGCAACCAGAAACGAAGUUUUGGACCCAUAUUGAUCGCUUACUCUCAAGAUAAAAAAUUAGCGUGACCCGUCUCUUGACGUAACAUGCAUAUUCUCAAUAAUCCAAGAUGGCAACAGCUCAAUUUUUUCCGUCGAAAUAUUUUGAAAACUAAGCAAGAUAUAAACAAUCUGUAAUAGAGUUUAAUAUAUAGUUUUAAGAGUUCUUUCAAAUGAACUAAACUAUUUUUUUAUUGCCAAUGUCCUUUAAAAUAUAUUACAAUAAUUUGAAGAUUUUGGGCUAGAGACCUACUAGAAACGUAGUUACUAAAACAUGGAACGAUCCACAACGACCCACUACGACCCACUACAACCCCACUACGACCCCACAACGACCCACAACGAGCCACAACGAUCCACAAAUUCACAAGGGGUCGUAGUGGGUCGUUGUGGGUCGUAGUGGGUCGUUCUGGGAUCGUAGUGGAUUGUUGUGGAUCGUAGUGGGUCGUUGUGGAUUGUAGUGGGUCGUAGUGGGGUCGUUGUGGGUCGUUGUGGAUCGUUCCAUGUUUUAGUAACUACGCUACUAGAAAUCUUCAUAGACUUUUUAUUUUAGGUCUCUAGUUACUGUUCGUUUUAUCACAUAAUCGAUUUAAUAAAUUGAAUUUGAAUAUUACAUUUUCAAUGUUUUUCUUAUUGCAGCGAAAUAUACUUUAUUAAAUAACUCUGCGAGUUUUCAACAUUUUUCGUUCAAACUUGGUCAGAUAGUAGAACUAGUUUAAUGCUUUCAUGGAAACCAAUAAAAACAUUUUAGGCAAAAUUAACACUCAAAGGUGUUCUGUAACCUUAAACACAGUUGUGAAUUGGGUAACUUUAAAAAACACUUAGUUUAAUAAUUAAAAUACUUUUAGUAAAUGAAAGUUGUGAUCAUUUUCAGGUCACACAGACAUUCUAAUUGAAAUAUGUCGAUAUUGUAAUUUAAUUAAACUAUUUACAUUUUUUGGACCACAAUGUAAAAUACUGGUUCACCAGUAAUCUGUGUAAUCCUUUAAUAAAGUUCAAAGUUGUCAGUUGCCCUCAUGUCAUGAGUCUUCUGUUAGGCUGUUGCGGUAUAUCAAUAUACCGAUAAUUAUCAGUUUUUUAUAAAUACUGAUUAUUCAAUAUUAACUCGUUACCUGGCAAUGCGCCCAAAUGUACCCUACUUUAGUAUUUACUAUGUCUAACGCCAGAUGAUUUUAGUCGUCAGUGGUAGAGUACUGCUGGUUAAUGGGUUAACAAACCUGUCUGACCAUGUUUGUUGUUAACUCAUUAGUGGCCAAUGCGCCAGACUUUAGUAUUUCCUCUGUCUAACGCCACAAUGUGGUAGGGUAUCAACAGUUUUUGGCGAUUGUAUUUUGCUUAAUUUUAUGCAAAAUUGGCCUAAUUUUAUGCAAAAUGUUUUAUGCAAUAACAGCCUAUCUUCUAUACUCUUUAACCCACUGAACGCCAGUGCUCUCAGUGGCGGGAGGGGGGGGGGGGCACCUAAAAAUCAAAUUAAUAUAGAUUAUGUAUAUAUGAAGUUGAAUAGGAAUUAAGUAUAUUGCAUACAGGAAACAUGUCUACUCUGGGACUAAAUGUUUAUUAGAUGUACAGCAAACUCUGAUAAAUUUGGGCAUCUCCAGUUUUUAUGUCCAAGCCAAUUUUUUCCGAAAUGUAGUCAAUAAUUCUGCAAUACAGCAUAUGGGAGAGCACUGGUGCUUAAAUGAGUUGACUGGCCUAUCUGCCUAUUUUACUCAUCAAGGGGAGAGUGCUGGUGCUUAAUGGGUUAAAGAAAGUAAUGACCCAGCCCACAAGUGCAUCAUGUCAACCAUCAAUUGGCCAAUGGUCUGAGUUAACUGGCCUAUCUGCCUAUUUUACUCAUCAAGGGGAGACCCAGCCCACGAGUGCAUCAUGUCAACCAUCAAUUGGCCAAUGUUCUUUUCCCAUCUGCAUUUUGGCUGUGCUUUGUGUACACUGUAACCUUACCUUGUUGAUUUAUAUAUACAAUAAGUACCUAUCAUAAUAGUAAUAAAUAUUGUUUUUCCAAUAGGAACUGUUGAUGACAAUGUUGAAAAAGGUAUUUACAAUAAAUGUUGAUUCAUACAUAUCUUUUCUACCAAUUGCCUAAAUGGUGGAAAUUAAGGUUUUCAUCAAAAGAGUGGCCGGUAGGAAAGUACAAAAUAUAUUAUUAAUACAUGAAUUGUUAUUUUUAGUGGUGUACAUUUUGUUUUAUCAUGUAUUUUUUGUGCUGUUCGUUUGGUCAUAUUGGAAGACAAUCCUCACCUCCCCAGGAAGAAUUCCACUGCAGGUAACCUGAAUGCAAGGCAAAACUUUCCCUGGGGCUUCUAUGAUAUUCAAUUACAAAGUGAGAGAAGCAGUGUUUCACAAUAUAUUACAGUAUUACACUUUAUUCUCCAGCACUGAUGCAGCUGGGAUUUAUUUAUAUGAUCAGUUUAGCAAUCUUGUAGCAAGAUAUUUUAUGGGCCUUUAUCGAUUUGGGGCAAAAGGCCCCCCUACCCCCAUUGGAUACAUUUCAUGUCAAUGUACAAGAAUAUUGCCAUUGUUGUAUUUGUAGUCUAUAAUAUACAUAAAAAUGUUACUCAAUUAUGAUUGGUUGAUUUCAGUAUUUUAUGUAUAGUACAUAUUAAAUAGGAAGGCUUCUUGUGAAAUUUGGAUAAAACAAGUACUUGUGAGUUUUUCAAAGACCUCAAAUAGCACUUGUCCUUCAGACAUGCUCUUUGAAAAAUUCACUGGUGCAUGUUUUAUCCAAAUUGCACUCGAAACCAUCCUAUUACCUAUACUAAUAUACCCUGGGUUAAUUAGGUUAAAUAUUUAUUCAUUAUCAAUAUCGAAACAAACUUGUUUCUAUAAAUAUUUAAUUUAUUACCAAAACCAUGGGUGCUUCCUCUCACUUGAAAAAACUGCCAUGUUUUUGUCACCAAACAUUCAAGAAUGCAAAACAUUGUUAUGUCUUUAUUGGUAAAAUGUCACAAUCAUUAUUAGCUAAUCUUGGCAUAAUUUCUCGCCGACCUAUCAGACGUCACCAUUUCCAAGAUGUGAAAAUCACAGCGUUAGGAAUGUUGUCAUAUUCAUGAAUGUUUUGAAGCAAAAACAUGACAGGGUGCAUCAUCUAUGGUCUUGGUAAUAAUUUUAAAUUGUUCAUUUUAGUUUCAUUUGUCACCAACAGAUCAACAAAAUUUGAACGAAGCAGUAAGUUACCAACCACAAUUUUGUUAGAUUAUUGUUAUUAUUAUACAUUGUAGUCCCUAUUUGCCUUCUGGUUGGCCACUAGCUUACAGCUAGAUACGGAAAUCACGUAGCCAACACAUAAUACAGUUAGAUAACUGAGUUAUGUGUAGGUUGAGCCAGCGGUAUGUAAUUAUAUAGCAAGUGGUAGUUUUAAAUACAAGAAUAAAAACAAGAAAAAAACAACAUGAACGAACGGCGUACAAAAAGCAGACUUUUUUGUUAUGUUAUAUAAGAAACAAACCUACUCCAAAUAAGAAUGCCAUCUUGUAAACUAUAUAUCUUAUUACUAAUUUACCACCUAGUAAAAUGUUGCCAUCUUUGACGUAGAAAAUAUAUAUAGUCAUUGAAGGGCAUGCAAUCAAGUAAGACAAUUGAACAUACCAGAGAUCUGUUGCGUUUUCUCUCAUUUUCUAUAGUUUAUUAUAAAAUAACAUGUAUAUAACGCGUGCUCUGAUUGGUCGAAACCUGUGUUUGGAUCAGGCCAUCCAAACACGGAAGUGAAAUUUUAACACGGAAAGUUGUUAUUUUAUAAAACAAUUACUUUAUGGUUUCCGUGUUUGGAUGGCCUGAUCCAAACACUUGGGAAUGUUGCUCGAGUUAAGAAAAGCGCGCGAAAUCACUCGCCGAAAUCACUCGCCUUCGGCUCGUGUUUCGCGUGCUUCUCUUAAUUAACUCUCGCAACAUUCCCAAGUGUUUGGAUCAGGCCGUCCAAACACGGAAACCAUAAAGUAAUUGUAUAUUCUUCAAUACAGUUUGUUCUUACUUUAAUAUACCUGUAAAUACUUUGUAUUGUAUAAGUAUAGUGUUUAUAUAUAUAUUAUAUUUUUUAUGUUUUAGGAAAAUCCAAAUUCCGUUCUUGAAACCAUAGCAAGAAAACUACCCGUACAGACACUAACUCAUUCAAAUAGUAAGUUACAUUACAUUAUUUGCCAAUAGUCAGUACAUAUUGUUCCACCUAACAUGUUGUCUAAAUGUUUUUAUUUUCAACUCAUUCUUAAUAUUUUCUUUCAGCUGUUCGUUAUUGUGAGGUAUGCCACGUUGUGAAACCUGAUAGAAGUCAUCAUUGUUCAAUGUGUAAGACGUAAGUAACUUUUCUUUUGGAAAAACUUACAACUCUAUAACAGUCUCAUUGCCAAUUUAUAUAGUGUGAGAUUUUACCAACUACCUAUUUUUGAACUGCUCUUCUGGAAGUAUAAGUCCUAUUGUCUUAGUAGCUGUUAUCUUGUAGCCAAUUAACGACUAUAUAGUAUUACUAAAUAGACCAUAUGCAUAAUGACGUCACAAGGCGUGAUGCGCACAGGAAUUUCUGAUUUUUGUAGUCACGGCCGGAAAAUUCAAAACAAUCCAACAUGACUUCUGUCAAAUGCGCUGUUUUUUGUCGUCUUUUCGAGACUGUUCAAGCCAACGAAGACCCUAGUUAUUUCAGAACUUUUGCGCGCUGGUCUUCAGAGGUUUGGCAGCCCUGAAAGUAACGGCAACAGUCCGCUUUCAUGGACCAGUACGAGUAAAAGUCGCUCCGUGGCAGUCCGUGCCACCAUUUUAGAAAAUAAUUUUCUUUAAAAAAAAUUGGUAAUGAUCUUCUCAUCCUGCCGAAGUUGUUGUCUAUUGCAGAUGAAUUAUGCUUAUCGCAAUAAUUUAUGUACAAAAAAAGAAGAUUGUUUCUUCAUUACCGGUAAUUUCCUAAAUGUUUUGUUGUAGUUGUCGUCUGAAGAUGGAUCAUCAUUGUCCAUGGGUUAAUAAUUGUGUUGGUUUCAGAAAUUAUAAAUUCUUCUUGCUAUUUCUCUUCCACGCAAUACUUUAUACAUUUUUUAUUGCAAUGACAACUCUGCAAUAUUUUAUUAAAAUUUGGACGGUAAGUAAUUUUGUUUGUUCCUUCGUCUAUUAUAAUCUUCCUAAUAUCUUCGUGCAUGGAAAUUUCGGGCAAAAACCGCAUAUUAAACAAUAAUUAAAGUUCAACCAGGAACAGUUGCGAAAAGUGCAAUACUGUGUCUAAUCUGUCUAUCCUGGUUUUGUUGAAAGCCGGAUGGCGCUAUCUACUAGAUAGUGACUUUUCAAAUUUUCAUAAAUUGGCCGUUGACUGGUAUAUCCAUAUAUCCGUAGUUUUAUAACUAUUCAAGUAUUUUUAUACAACGGGUGAAAAAAUCACUAACCGCGAUAACUCUGUUUUCCGUGGAUACUGUAACUAUAUUUAGAGCAUAUAUCUACUAUUGAGUGUUGCCACUUUCGUGGAUUUCAAUUACGUCAAAGCCUGCAUGUCUACACGAUACGAUUAGUACUUGUACGAUUGUCAUUCUAGCGUAUGGAGAAUUAUUAUAAGUGUGGAAUUUAUUCGAUUAUAUAUGCCACAAUGAAAACUAUAUCGUGUAGAGUUAUAACAGGACGUGUUAUAGUACACUUUUCCGCACGAAGUGCAUGCGUGGCUGUUGGAAACGUUCGGUCAUAGAAGGCUUCAAUCUCGUAUCCUGAGCGAUUGGAUCUUUGGGUAUGACAUUGAGAAAACGUCGAACAUUCUUCGAAUUAACCAAUCAAAUUCAUUUUUUCAAAGAUGACGAGAUUUUCAUGCGAAAAGGUCUAUAUUGCCCGUCUUAGAAAGAAAACAUUUAUGUUUUGUUGAUUUUACCCUAAAUCUACAAUAUCUUACCGCACUGUUAUUUUACCUGCAUCACAGUUUAUAGACUAAGAGCCUCAUAUAUCUCGUAUGUAAUGAAGCAAGAAUUUGUUUUGCAGCAUAUAAGCAAAGGAGGAGCUGGACGUCUACAUAUCUUGUUCCUGUUUUUCAUCUCAAUAAUGUUUAGUAUCAGUUUGUGGACCUUACUUGGCUAUCAUAUCUAUCUUGUUACCGUGAAUAGGUCUACAUUAGGUGAGAGUGCGUUGAGCUUAAAGGAGCAGUGUCGCCGAUUUGGACCCUCGCAAAUCUUUAGGAAUCUUGCACAAAACCUAAAAAGAAGUGUUGUAAGCACAACAUAAAACAAUAACAAAUACAAAAAGCAUGUACAGACGUCUAAAUGGUUGAGAUUAGGCGAGGAUUGAGAUGGAUUGUAAAUACAUCUUCAUUAACUGUUGGCGGACACUUUUUCAAGUUUAGGUCAAUUUGUAUGAAAACGUCGUCUUACAUGCUGUGUGGAAGUUCAAAGUUGUUUAAUAUGAUUCGUAUAUCAUAACUGAACCUAUUUAUAAUGUUUAUUUUCAAAUUCACAGGUCAGACUUUGAACAUAUAGAAGACAUUUUUGGUAAAAAAUUGGUGACACUGCCCCUUUAACUUUUAUUUCUUCCCCAAAUCCUUUGGCGUUAGACCGAAUAAAAUACCAAACUAGGUGCAUUAGGAUGUACCUAAACAUGAGGUUCGAUUCCUGCGUAAUAGACUCCAAUCUAGACUUGCUACAAGUCGACUCGCAUCGUAACGCAUUGUAUAUAGCUUGUCUCACAUUGUAAGGAGUAGAAUGAGCGAAAACGACCGAGAGCAAAAAACACCAAACUGGGUACAUAAGUUAAAUAGCUAAUAGAGACAUGGGCAGUACGGUUAGCCCAUUAACGCUCAACCAUCCGUACCAUAAAACAAUGUAAAAUAACAAAGUUGUCGCAUUGUAACUAAUUUCUGUGUAAUCCUCAAACCGAAGUGAAGUAAGUGAAGUACACGAUAUACAAUCCAUUCGAUUUGAAAGAGAUAAAAAACAUUCGGCAGGCGAGUUGGAACAAAUAAGCCACGUUGUCUACGACAUCUGUUGAGGAAAUGUUUUUGCUUGAAACAUUGAGAAGUGACCUCUCUCAGAUUGAUUGACUGUCGUGUACACUUACAUUCUUUGCUGUGACCGACGCUGGCCAGUUUAAUAAAUUUAUAUUAAAGUUGCUUUAUAUUUAACUCAAUGAAACAAAUUUCGUAGAUAUCUAUUUCGGUUAUAUGUUUUGCUUAUAUUUCAUUUAUGUUUGUGAAAGGUGCUUGUUUAUUUUAGAAUCCAUGCGACCUACCGUAUUUCGUGUUGGAGGAGCAGAUAAACAUGGUUUUAAUCUCGGAGCUCGUAAUAAUAUAAUACAGGUGUUUGGUAAGAGACGUUGGUUAUGGUGUUUGCCUAUUUAUACAAGGUACGGUAUUGCAUUUAUGCAGGUAUCUGACUCUUCCACAGUCCCUCAUCCGUGCGCGGUGCGAGUUUUAUCGCAUUCCCAUUCAUUCUCGUCCCCAGAGCCAUUUUCACUCGGUCACUCGUUGAAAAUUAGGCUCUGGGUUAGACGACUAAAGGAAGAGAUAUGAUUGGCUUUUCAGAGAACUGCUAUUUCGCAGAAGUUGAGGAGUUUUCGCUAGGCAAAAUUAUUGUAUCAACAUAUGUCAACACAAAUACUUCGCUUCUUCGUAAUACUUCUCUGUGAAAAUUGUUACGGGUGCUAAAGCGUCCCAAUUCAAGAGCAUGCCCUUUAGAAACUACUGCAAGUUUUCUUGCACUUCCGGUUCCGUGUGUCCCAGGGCCUAGGACAUUCUCGUACCCAGAGCCCUUCUUACGCGCGUUCGACCGAGCCUGACGAGCGGCUCUGGCCAAAUCCAUAUCAAACUAACAGGUAGGCAAUUUGUCGACGCUGACCAAAAAUAGCGGCUCAUUUCUUCUUUGAGUUUCCAUUUUCGCGUCGAAGAGCAAAAAUAUAGACUUUCGGAGAAUAUUUUAGCUGUUUACUAUUAAAUAUGUUUGUGAAACAGUUAAUAAUCUUACUGAUGAAGGCCAACGGUUUCUGAAAAGCUAAAGUACGUCGAAAUCAGCUUUGGAAUAGACUAUAUUUUCACCGGGGAAACAUGAACAAAAUGGAUAUUUACAUCGACACUAAAUUUUGCUGGUGCCUACAGAGCUAGUUGGAUUAAAACAGAUGUUAAGAAGUAAGUGAACAUGUGAACUUUGUGAAUUAUACUUUCAUUAAAAUGUUUCGGAAGGUUUGCUAAUGUCAAACUACACGUGUGACAGAGCUGUCAGUAUACCCAUAUUUCAAUGUUUAUGUUGAAAUGACCUAUCUUCUUUGAGGUAUAGCUUAAAAUUUAGGGUAUGCUCAUCACUUGAAACUAGCUUUAAAUCAAAGUUUUAUCUAUAGUCUUUAUAUUAGAAUUAAAAUCAUUCAUUGGAAAAAUGUGCCAAAGGGUUGAAAUUGCCCUUGUAAAUGUACACUAUUUUUGACAUGCUUGGGUUAGUAUUUUGAAAAGGUGUUCUGGAAGGAAAAUAUGUCUUGAACAAUACUGGUUGACCCUUAAAUUAUAACUAGUGUUAUGUAAAUCACAGAAAAUUUAAAAAAAUCUGGUCCAUACACAAUAUUUUGGACCCUAUGAGAUCCCGAAUGGGGCUUAUUUCAAUGUUGAACCUGUUUACCUGGAAAAACUUAGAAAAUUGAAUAAGUCAAGAAAUUGACUAUACUCAUCACCCAAAACCAGGUUUUUCUAAUUGCUUUUUCACCUGGGUUUGUGGCAAUGCCAGUUAUGCGACCACGAAAAAUGCGCGCGGCACUUUUUUUGGACACUGAAGAUGGUAACAUUUGAUGUUGUCAUAUAUUGCCAUCCUCUUAUCGUAGCAUAACUUAACUUAUUUUAGUGAAUUUGUUAAAGAGUUGUGUUCACUAUUUAACAAAUAUAAAACAUUUUCCGUGUUGAUAUACAGUUAUAUCAACACGAGUGGAAAUUGGGAAAACGAGAAAUUGUGUGGAAACACGACGCCCGAAGGGCGGAGUGUUUUCACACAAUUUCGAGUUUUCCCAACUUCCACGAGUGUUGAUAUAACUAUAUAUCAAUACGGAAUAAAUGUUUUAUAUUUGUUUUAUAAUAUAGCAAUGUCAAAAGCCCGAAGAAUAAGAAAAAUUUCCGUGUUACAAGCGGCGGAAAAUUUCCCGUGUUGACAUGGAGUUAUAUCAACACGGCUCUUAGCCAAUCAGCGUUCAGAAUUUACAAAUGCUAUAUUAUAAAUGCUUGUAGUAUCUAAGAUUUUUUCAUAGCAUUAUAUGAUAAAUUUAAGUUCUGUUUUCUUUUAUUUUUAGGUGAUAGUAUCUGUUCAUUCCAGUGUUGGUAUCAAAUUUUGGACAAGUUUCAAUUAUUAUUUCACAUUCCUUUAUUCAAAUAUCCAAGUAAAUGGAAUAUGACAUCAAGCUGAAGGACUAGAUCCUGUUUUCAAACUUGUUUUUUGUAAAAAUAGAAAAUAACAACUUAUUCUGUGUUGUUCUUAUAAAAACCAUUGUUUUUGAUAUGCAUAUAUUUUAAUUUUAUUCUUUGUUAAAAUGUGUACCUGGAAUACUGAAAUCUUUCAGAUCAGCUAACAAUACCUUUAUAACUUAUAUAGCCAAGUGUUCUAUCUAUUUUUGUUCAGAUUAAACAAAUAAUGGGUAAAAUAUUAGAUAAAAUUUUUUCAAAAAAUAUGAGCUUGCCUGUUUGCAAAGCAUAAAAAGCAAUAAAAUAAAGCAAAAGUACUUAUUUUUUAUUUAAAACCUUUGGAAUGCACAGCUUAAUGUUUUCCACGAAAUAUUACAAAGUUUUCGUUCAUUAAAAUGUUGUUUUAUCAGCUUUAAAACCAGAUAAAUCCUCGAAACACUCCUGAUAUAUGUCGCCAUAUUGAUUUUCUGCGCGCAUGCUCAGACAAAUUGCCUACCUGUUUAUCACGUCUUACCUACUAAUUGAUUUAAAUAAAUAAAAUUAGCGAAACCUACCGCUUUUGUGGGGUUUUCCUGGAGAAAAACUUUCAAAACGAAACAAACAAGAAAACCGAAGGGUUUAUCCGCGUUUGACGUUGAGCAUGCGCAGUGUUUAACCGGAUACCAUGUUUUUAUGGUAUCCGGUUAUGGAUUUGGCCAGAGCCCCUCGUCGGGCUCGGUCGAACGCGCGUAAGAAGGGCUCUGGGUACGAGAAUGGGCCUAGGAAGGACGCGCGCGGCCUGGAGGCCCUGGGGACGAGGAUGAUUCCCAUUAGGACCGCGCGCCAGUGUUUUCCCACUGAUCUCUAUUCGACACUGAAGCGACGAGGCACGAUGCAGUGCAGGUAUAACCCAUCGAUGACAACUUAGCACACGCUUUCGGAAAGUACGUUACGUUGGCUAUAGUGCCUCAUUUUCGUGAUUACUAAUAGUGAGCUUAAGCAAACGACGUUUUUGUCAACACGGACGUCACCUGAAAAUUGCUAUAACUAUGAUCUGACGGUGAGCAAAAGGACUGGGACUAGCAACAGAAUAGAAAUCCAGUUUCGUACCUUUAAUCACUUGUCACGCCCUGAUUCUUUUGUGAAACUGUUUGAAACUUUGUGUCUGUGUCUUGCACAGGGAAAUGAAUGUCUGGGACAAAUUUGAGAUAGAAAUCUAAUACCGUUAAUGAGAUAUUGAGUAAUUUUAAACCAGAAAUGGAUUUCUAUUUUACAACUAGUGCCAGGCCUUUUCCAAGUUCCGAGAUCACCUGGUUUUGACGGCAUUUUGCAUCAUAGCGCUCAUGUAAGGAAACAAAAAACUUUAAAAAUCUUAUGUUUUGUCAUAUGUGUUGAAGAUUACCACAAACAAACUGACACAAACACAGUUUUUAAUACAUUUUAAUACACCCUCUGAAAUCUGACGUCCAUGUUGACAAUAGCUUGAAGUAGUGGCUUUAUUGUUGGGAAAGUUCUACUAUAGUACUGAGCUAAUUUGCUGAGUAUCACUUCUCGCGUCUUGAGAUGCAGGCGCUUUAUCCAAGACGUAAAAGUAUUUAGUUUCCCGUUGUAAACAGACUCCCUCAAACUCCCGUGGGAUAUUAAUUAUUCAUUGUGUGGAUAGCCGUCGUCGUCCCAAAUCGUAAGGUCUCUAAUAUCACGUACACGAAAACAAGGCUCUAUAGCCAAAGGGCGUAUUGUUGCAAAAUUCGCAUGUUUUCGCGGUGUGGUAUCUGCAUCACAACGAAUCUUUUUCCCAACCACUGAUCUAUAUAUGCCACUGAUGUGUGGCAAAAUAAGAGCCCAUGGAGCAGGAGGGGUGCGUUGUAACGUAUGAAUGUAAAUGGAUAUUUUAUAACAGAUGCAAGCAGCCCUUCUCGCUUUUAUUUAUUUUAUUUUAUUUCCAGUUAUUUUAAAGCCCUCCAGCCAAAGUCUGAUUUUCAAGGGGCCGUUUCAAUUUACAAAAGUAUUGAUUCUAAAAAUUACUAUAAAAAUAUACACCCAAACAACAAUCAAGAAAGUUUUAUGAAUGGACAUGUAUACAGACCCAAACUCCAUAAAACUCAAACAAGUGUCAUGAUACACUUCUGUCGAUCUCUAGCCUGCAAUGUUCUACCUAUAAGGCGGAGCAUUUACCCCAGGAUUUUUUUCAAAUUGACCUUGAAUUUUGGGCGGAAUUAUUUUGGGCGGAAUAAUUUGCGCAUAAAGGACAACGUCGCGAGUUCUUGUCAUAACAUAACAUAACAUAACAUUUAUUAAUUUAUAUCGCGCAAAUUCAACAAUGCAGUUUUCAAAUGCGCGUUACAACAAUGGAUAGGACAAUUAAAAUACGUAGAACUAAUAUUACAAAUUUAAUCUAAGAACUGAGCUAAUAAAAAGCCUCUUUAAAAAGAUAUGUCUUAAGAUCUUGCUUAAAAAUAUUAAAAUCAGAGAUACUCCUAAGAUUCAAUGGCAAUACAUUCCAUAGUCUUUCAUUGUCGAUAUAUGUUUAAUACAGGAAGUAACGUGUGUCGGGAUGUAGUACAGGGCGCAAUUUAUGCGAAUAUGUAAGUACCCUGGUACAGUAAUAUAGUCUUUCAUUUUCAUGUGUCUUUCAGUGUGGGUGAUGGUGUGGUGUAUCCACUGCGUGAAGAUACGUCUCCUGAAAGAUUGGAUUUACUCAACGAACGAGGGAAAUGGAUGGACGAGAGUGAUGAGGAGGAAGAUAAUUCGUAUACAUAUGUUGAAACCAUUGAUGAAACUCAACAAUCAGACAGAGCUAUCGUACGAACUCCUGAUGUAGUCACUUUUAAUUAAUAGUUUCAAGGAAUAAUAUAUGAAUAAGCCCUCAUACUGGUCUAGAGUUAGCCUGAUUUUACUUGGUCGUAACGGGCGCGACCAUUGACCAUUUUAAGAUAUCCGAUGUAACAGUGUCGGUAUAUACAUCAUUGCAAUCUGCAAAUACUGGGCUUAAGUUAAUGCUAUUCAAUGUAAAUCAUUUGUACCGUACUCUCCAAGUAAUUAGUGAAGUUUAAAUUUGACAUCACUACCGCUACCUUAAGGGAACAUUAACCAACCACAUGCGUUUAAUCUACCAGAUUAACCAAUCUUAUGCGUUUAAUCUACCAGAUUAACCAAUCUUAUGCGUUUAAUCUACCAGAUUAACCAAUCUUAUGCGUACUUAGUCAGGUAUCAGUAGUGGAAGUCAAAUCUAAACCUCACUAAUAACUAACUACACUCUUUGUCAAAAAAUAUGGGACAAAAUUUCAAACAAUUUGAAAGCGGCAGCACUCUCCGUUCCCCCAGUUCAAUGUUGGGCUCACGAAAAUCUGAUGUCUAGUUGCAAGACGCCAACAUUGAAAUAGGUGAGGGGAGGGUCAAGAAUGAAAUAUAUCAAGAAAAGGUAUAAUACAUCCGAGUGCAAGUAAAAACUAGAAUGUAUAUUGUCAAAGAUUGUAGUGACUAACUUUAUAAUAGCUAUGGUUUAUAGCUCAUUUUAUUUAAAACGACCGUUGUCACGUUGCCGUCCCAUAUUUGUACGAUCCCUAAUGUACCAAGUGCUGUGCGCUAGGAUCAACAGUGUUGAUAUUCAAUCGAAAUAACUUGUAAAUUGUUGUAUAAUUCAAUAAAAUAGUAGUUAGAUUGUUAAACAAUUUCAUGCAAUCUUGGUCAUUUGCCGAACG